AUUAUACUAUUAUACUUACUAUUAUUACUACUACUGUAGUACUGGUAUUAUUUCGUUUUGAUUGAGAGCUGAGAGAGAGCUGGAUGAAAUAAUUAUUUGUUUGUAGAGUUAUGUGAUUGCUGUGAAGUGUGAAGUGUGUAUUGUAGUGUUACUGAAACCAUUGACUAGGCCUACAUGCUGAAAGCUGAAACUGAACUGAAGGAGAAAGUAUAUAAAUUAAAAAACAAGUGCCUGAAGCAGAAACCCUCCUAUGAAUAGACCUAUGAAAGCCUAUGAAAGUUCUUAAAAUUAGGCUGUACCUAGAUAUUCAGGAUGCAGGAGUUGAUUACCUGUUGAAUGACGAACUAAGCUUGGGGUUCAGAUCACAAUAGUGUGUAUCCUUUUUCAGGCCUUGUAUUCAUGCAGAUUUUAAUCUAUUGAUUAUGGCUGAUUCAUCCAGUUUGACCUCAAAACUAACAGAAUGCCUACAGCAUCUGCAAAAACUGGAGGACUGUUAUAUGGUUGAAGACAAAUUUUCAUCUCAAUUCAAAGUUUUCCUACAAAUUUUGAAUGCCAGCUUUACUCACCUAGGGAAGGAUGGCAAAUUGGUACAUGAGAUCUCUUCCAAAAGCAAGAUCCUUCUGUGUCUAAGCCAAAUAUCAAAAAGUUUCAAACUUUUUAGUCAUCUUCUCCGUAAGCCGCUUUAUCGGCAAGGUGUCUGGUAUGCGUGUGAACGGCUUCGAUGUUGUGUGUCAGAGUUACGGCAGAUUUGUUGUACCUCGGGCAAAGCUGAAGACAACAAUGGUGACUCUGGAUCGUUCCUGCUACGUGUGGACGAAGCUUUGCAGUUGUUGGAAGUCCAAGGAUCAUCUGUAGCCUCCGAAUCCUCAUGGACUCAACUCAUCAAUGACAUAAUCUAUCAGGCUGUUACCAUAGCCAAGAUGGCCACUGACCUGGACUACAACGAAAUAACAUCAGCCUGCCACGGGAUUUUGGAAAUGAAUUCUCAGUUGGUGAAUGAAGGCUCAGCUAAUUCAAACCAACCUUCUCACCUGACGGAUGCCAUGUUCAACCAUCUUGUCACUUUGGAGGAAAGGGUCAAUCUGGCCAUCCUCAGGCUUUUCUUGCAGGUAUUCUCAGAGCCAUGCAGACCAGUGAAGCAGUUGGUGCGCCAGUGUAGACAAGCGCUGCCCGACCGCUCUCUUGGUGAUCUGGACCCUCAAGUAGCUGAGCUUGACACUCACAUAGAACGAGUGAUGCUCAUUGUACAGUUUGCUGUCUCAUGCUGUGAAAAUGCUACCAGAGUUUUGGGCAUGAGGUGUUGUCUGGCCAGUGUAGAAUCUAUAGACAACUACUUAGUCCCAGCAUUAAAGGCAUUGUAUCUGACAGCUGGAUGUGAAGAUAAACGUAGGUUUGCUCAUUUGUUGUGUGACCACUGGCAAGACGAAACAAAAAAUCUCCAGUCUCAUUUAGACAAUAUAAUCGACUCCACAGCCUUCAUUAGGGUGGUGCAAGAGAGUGUGAAUGAUCUUAGCCAACAACUGUGCAGAGGAGAGACUAAGGAGGAAGUUGGCAGAGCAAUAGUCAAGCAGAGCUGGCUGUUGUACAAGCAUCUCUCUGGUUCUGGAUUGUCACUUGAUUUAACUCAGCUGAAGCAAUGCGUGAGUGAGUUUGAGGCUGCAGUCAACUGUGAGGUUUCACUUGCUGCGGUUGUCAAGAGAGCGAGACUGGUCUUGUCCGCUAUAGACAAGAUAGCCGACUCUCAGAACAACACACAACCAUGUUACCAGCAGCCUUUAGAUGAGAACACUAACCCAGAACCUUCACAAAUGGUCAGGAGUAUUAGAGAUCUCCCUCUUGAUAUAUCAUUAUCAACUUCAAAAUCUCAGCAUGCUUCUUACAGACCACCAUGGUUGCAGAGAAAAAUCAAUGACCUGAAAGAGAAGACACGAGUAAAAUCAGACAACAUAAAAUUAAAAGAAGAAAAAGAUGCAUUUUCUGCGAGAAGCGUAGUUGAAAAUUGUAUCACCCCCGAUCACAAAGCUAAAAUAAGUAAUUUUCAGACACCAAAAAAUACAGUGGAUAGUGAUGAGAACUUGUUGACUCCUUUUUUGAAGAAAACCACAGAGAGGAAUGCCACUCUGUACCAGAGAACACCUCGCAGAGUUGUCCAGAACCAGAUGUUGGACAGUCUGAGUCCAGCCUCGCAAUGUAGCUGGUCUGUUGGCCACCCUGCCAGUCUAGUAUUGGAUAUCUCAGAAAUUCUGGACAGCUUGAGUGAGCUUGCUGACACUUUUUCAUCCAUAAAAGAAGCAGAAGCGAUCAGCUGGCAACAGCCUCAGCCGACCCCAGCGUCAGACGCCAUGCACAAGUACUUCUCUGGCAACUCCUUAGACAGUCAAUGGUUCUCUUUGGCCUCUGUCAGGACUGAUGAAGUGUCUGCUGAUGUGGAAACUCCUGAGAGGCUACUAGACCUUCAACGAGUGGACGAGAAAAUACGCAACCUUAAGUUAUCAUGACCAAACUGUGAUCAUAGACUAAGGAAACAAAGCAGACGGGCAGCAGUCGUUGCGCGUGUGUUAGUUCAUGAUGCGUGUAUCAGGCAGCGCCACUGUUGAUGAUGCAAAAGAUCUCCUUUACCGACGCGAGUAUGACGAACGGUGUUCUCCUACUAAAUUACUUACAUUUUUAGAUUGAAAUUUACAUAUUUAUAAUCUGCAAAUGUUACAAAACAGAUAUAAAUCUGGAUUUAAACUAAAAAUCAUAAACAUUUCAGUUGAAUAGGUGUGAGAAAGGAUUGGAUAAGCAGGCUUACCUUAAGAAAUGUAGACAUCCCACU